UACUAGCAACUUUUAUCCUUUGGAACUUGUGCUGAAAAAAGGAAGAGUCAGCAAAUACUACUGAAAGUGCAAUAUUUGAUUAUCACUGCGAGAUGAGCUUUGAUCCAAACCUUCUCCACAACAAUGGACACAAUGGGUACCCCAAUGGUACUUCAGCAGCACUUCAUGAAACUGGGGUUAUUGAAAAACUGUUGACCUCUUAUGGAUUUAUUCAGUGUUCAGAACGGCAAGCUAGACUUUUCUUCCACUGUUCACAAUAUAAUGGCAACCUCCAGGACUUAAAAGUAGGAGAUGAUGUUGAAUUUGAAGUGUCAUCUGACCGGUGGACUGGGAAACCCAUUGCUAUUAAAUUGGUGAAGAUAAAACCAGAAAUACAUCCUGAGGAACGAAUGAAUGGACAAGAAGUAUUUUAUCUGACUUAUACCUCUGAAGAUGUGGAAGGGAAUGUUCAGCUGGAAACUGGAGAUAAAAUUAACUUUGUAAUUGAUAACAAUAAACACACUGGUGCUGUAAGUGCUCGUAAUAUUAUGCUGUUGAAAAAGAAACAAGCUCGCUGUCAAGGAGUAGUUUGUGUCAUGAAGGAGGCUUUUGGCUUUAUCGAAAGAGGUGAUGUUGUAAAAGAGAUAUUCUUUCACUAUAGUGAAUUUAAAGGUGACCUAGAAACCCCGCAGCCUGGAGAUGACGUGGAAUUCACAAUCAAGGACAGAAAUGGAAAAGAAGUUGCAACAGAUGUCAGACUAUUGCCUCAAGGAACAGUCAUUUUUGAAGAUAUCAGCAUUGAACAUUUUGAAGGAACUGUUACCAAAGUUAUCCCAAAAGUACCCAGUAAAAACCAGAAUGACCCAUUGCCAGGACGAAUCAAAGUUGACUUUGUGAUUCCUAAAGAACUUCCCUUUGGAGACAAAGACACAAAAUCCAAAGUGACCCUGCUGGAAGGUGGCCAUGUUAGGUUUAAUAUUUCAACAGACCGACGGGACAAAUUUGAACGAGCAACCAACAUAGAGGUUCUAUCAAAUACAUUUCAGUUCACUAAUGAAGCCAGAGAUAUGGGUGUGAUUGCUGCCAUGAGAGAUGGUUUUGGUUUCAUCAAGUGUGUGGAUCGAGAUGCUCGUAUGUUCUUCCACUUCAGUGAAAUUCUAGAUGGGAACCAGCUUCACAUUGCAGAUGAAGUAGAGUUUACUGUGGUUCCUGAUAUGCUCUCUGCCCAAAGAAAUCAUGCUAUUAGGAUUAAAAAACUUCCCAAGGGCACGGUUUCAUUCCAUUCCCAUUCAGAUCAUCGGUUUCUGGGCACCGUAGAAAAAGAAGCCACUUUUUCCAAUCCUAAAACUACAAGCCCAAACAAAGGCAAAGACAAGGAAGCAGAAGAUGGCAUUAUUGCUUAUGAUGACUGUGGAGUGAAACUGACUAUUGCUUUUCAAGCCAAGGAUGUGGAAGGAUCUACUUCUCCUCAAUUAGGAGAUAAGGUUGAAUUUAGUAUUAGUGACAAACAGAGGCCUGGACAGCAGAUUGCAACUUGUGUGAGACUUUUAGGUCGUAAUUCUAACUCCAAAAGGCUCUUGGGUUAUGUGGCAACUCUGAAAGAUAAUUUUGGAUUUAUUGAAACAGCUAAUCAUGAUAAGGAAAUAUUUUUCCAUUAUAGUGAGUUCUCUGGUGAUGUUGAUAGCCUGGAACUGGGAGACAUGGUUGAAUACAGCUUGUCCAAAGGCAAAGGCAAUAAAGUCAGUGCUGAAAAAGUGAACAAAACGCACUCAGUGAAUGGCAUUACUGAGGAAGCUAAUCCCACCAUCUACUCUGGUAAAGUCAUUCGUCCUCUGAGAUGUGUUGAUCCAACACAGAUUGAGUAGCAAGGAAUGAUUGAGAUUGUGGAGGAGGGGGAUAUGAAAGGUGAAGUGUAUCCUUUUGGCAUAGUUGGAAUGGCCAACAAAGGGGAUUGCCUACAGAAAGGGGAGAGUGUCAAGUUCCAGUUGUGUGUACUUGGCCAAAAUGCACAAACUAUGGCCUACAACAUCACACCCCUUCGUAGGGCUACUGUGGAGUGUGUGAAAGAUCAGUUUGGUUUUAUUAACUAUGAAGUAGGAGAUAGCAAGAAGCUGUUUUUCCAUGUGAAAGAAGUUCAGGAUGGCAUUGAGCUACAGGCAGGAGAUGAGGUGGAAUUCUCAGUGAUCCUUAAUCAGCGCACUGGGAAAUGCAGUGCCUGUAAUGUUUGGCGAGUCUGUGAAGGCCCCAAAGCUGUUGCAGCUCCUCGACCUGACCGGUUGGUCAAUCGCUUAAAAAACAUCACCCUGGAUGAUGCCAGUGCUCCACGUCUAAUGGUUCUUCGUCAGCCAAGAGGACCAGAUAACUCAAUGGGAUUUGGUGCAGAAAGAAAGAUCUGUCAAGCUGGUGUCAUUGACUAACCACGUCCACAAAGCACAUCAUUAAUCCACUAUGGUCAAGUUGGGGGGAUUCUGGUGAAGGGUUCUGAAUAUCUUCCUCUUCAUCCCUCCCAAAAAAUCUGGAAUACUUAUUCUAUUGAGCUAUUACACCAGUUUUAACACCUUCCUCGUGUUAUGUUUAAAGAAAAAAAAAAUAAAUUUAAGAAACCAUUUUAAAAUUAUGCACAGUUGCAGCCUGGAAAACUUAAGGUGGCGCCUUAUAGUGUCAAUUUAGGAGCUUUAUUUGGUGCAUUUAACGCAACUGGUAAUUGCAAAUUCCACUUGGCCUGUGUAAGUGAACAAUACGGACUGUUACUUUGUUGGCCCUAUGAAAUUCUGCACUCUAGUCAGUAUAUACUCUACCUUCAUGACUUAACUCAGCUGCAUUCUUUUCCUUUUUUUCCUUGUUCAUUAUGCUUUAAUUCUGAGGACCAUAUGAAGGUAGACUAUAUUACCUUUAAAAAUUGCAAAAAUUUAUAUAGCAAACGAUUUUAAGUUGAUGGCCAAAUGUUAAAAUGUUAUUUUUCUAUCAUUUAUAAUCUUGUCACAAUCCACUUAACGAAGUUUGAUUACAUUUCAGUGAAAAUUAUCUUCCAGAGUAGGUUUUUUUUUU